CAUACAGUAACACCCCCUCCCCCCAACCCUUACCAGUUACUAACCCUAACUCACUCAACUCUCCAACGGCGCAGCAGCACACCCUCCCUCGUCCCUCCCAUCACCCUCGAGCUGGCCGUUCCUCUCAUCGCCGGCGAGCUCAGCCCCUCCCUUUCGUUCAGCCGCCGUACUGCUCCUGACGCCGUCGCCGGUUGGAGCUUCGAAGCUCACUCGGUCCCUCACUCAGCUAACGUCUCAGACUCUCAGCAGUGGAAGCAUAGUCGCCGGGCUCGCCUCCUGCCUCCGUCGCGAAGCUCUGUUCCACCGUCGCCGGCGCCAUCUCUGUUCCUGCCUCCGUCGCCAGCUAUCCAUUUCCAGCGCCAUCAUCCUUCCUUGCAUUUGAAACGUCAUCUUUGCUGCUCUGUUCAGCUACCUGCGCCGCUAUACUCUGCAUCACUGUUAGACCAGUUGGAUCAAUGAAUCAGUGAACCAGUGACCAAAGCGGUUCGAUGACCGGUUCGGUUCUCAGAACCUUGCUCAAACCUCAUCGCAUCUUAUAGCAGAGUAUGCUAAACAAGCUAUGCAACAGCAACAAUAAACCUUCAAUCAUGUCCGCACCCAAAACCCCAAUCCCACUUCGUCUUCCUCCUUCCCACCCAUCGCAACACUAACAACAGCAGUAAAACACAACCCCAACAAAGAUUUUUUUAUGCCCUCCAUGUUCAAUGGUAUCUACAACAUAAUAUUGCAAUGCCUGAGUUCCAGCACCAUUACCCUUUCCCACGCGCGUCAAGCCCACGCGCACAUUCUCAAGCUCGACCUCUACGGCGACACCUACAUCACCACAAGGCUUCUCUCUCACUACGCCAAUAAUCUCUGCUUUUCACAAGUCACAAACCUCGUACUCCAUUUCUUCCCCAAUCCAACCCUUCCUUCCUUCACCACUAUCAUCAACGCCUUCACCAGGUCCCACCAAUACGACGCCGUUCUACGCCUCUUUUCCCUCAUGGGUCAUAAGGGUCUUGCCCCUGAUGGGUUCCUUCUCCCGAGUGCAAUCAAAGCCUGUGCUGCGUUGCAAGCCUUGAAGCCCGGGCUGCAGUUUCAUGGGUAUGCUUUUGUGUCUGGUUAUGCCUUGGAUUCAAUUUUGGCGUCUUCUCUGGUGCAUAUGUAUCUGAAGUGUGAUAGUAUUGGGGAUGCGCAUCGACUGUUUGAUGAAAUGCCUGAGAGGGAUGUUGUCGUUUGGAGCGCGAUGAUCGCGGGUUACUCGCGACGUGGGAUGGUUGAGAGGGCCAAGGAGAUGUUUAGUGAGAUGAGGAGUGAGGGGGUGGAGCCCAAUUUGGUAUCGUGGAAUGGGAUGCUUGCUGGGUUCAGCAAUGCAGGGUGGCAUGUUGAGGCUGUGGAGUUGUUCAAGACAGUGCUGAGCGAAGGUUUUUUGCCUGAUGGGUCAACCGUAUCAUGUGUGCUUCCUGCUUUGGGGCAGUUGGAGGAUGGAGUGGCUGCGAAACAGGUUCAUGGUUAUGUGAUCAAACAGGGAUUGGGAUUGGAUAGGUUUGUGGUCAGUGCGCUGCUUGAUAUAUAUGGGAAGUGUGGAUGCACACAGGAGAUGUUGCAGGUGUUUGAUGAGGUCGAUCAGAGGGAAGUUGGUUCUUUGAAUGCUUUUCUAAAUGGGUUGUCGCGAAAUGGUUUGAUUGACACUGCAUUGGAGGUGUUCAGGAAGUUCCUUGAUGAAGGAGUUGAAUUGAAUGUUGUGACUUGGACCUCUAUGAUAUCUAGCUGUGUGCAGAAUGGGAAGGACAUGGAAGCUUUGGAGCUUUUUAGAGAGAUGCAGGCUCAUGGAGUGGAGCCUAAUGCUGUAACGAUACCAAGCUUGAUUCCUGCAUGUGGAAAUAUUUCAGCAUUGAAGCAUGGGAAGCAAACCCAUUGCUUUUCUCUCAGGAAGGGGAUAUUUGAUGAUGUUUAUGUAGGUAGUGCAUUGAUAGAUAUGUAUGCAAAGUGUGGAAGAAUCCAGUUAUCUCGGCUUUGUUUUGAUAAAAUGUUGGAUCCAAAUUUGGUUUCUUGGAAUGCAGUAAUGAAAGGAUAUGCAAUGCAUGGGAAGGCUAAGGAAACAAUAGAGAUGUUUCGAAUGAUGCAAGAGAGUGGCAUGGAGCCUGAUGAGAUUUCCUACACAUGUGUGUUAUACGCAUGCGCCCAAAAUGGCUUAACUGAAGAAGGGUGGCAAUAUUUCAAUAGCCUGUCAAAAGAACAUGCCAUUGAAACUAAAACAGAACACUAUGCUUGCAUGGUGACACUUCUUUAGUCGUGCAGGGAAACUUGAAGAAGCUUAUUCUCUCAUCAAGGAAAUGCCAUUAGAACCUGAUGCU